AUGUUAGUGAAGUCCUCCUUGGCCAAAGUGCUGAAGGCCUUCGCCCGCCGCUUCCCGGGCCGGGAACCGGAGAUCGAGCUGCUGGCGCCAGGGAGCUUCGUGCUGGCGGAGGCUCAGGACUGCGCGGACUUCCAGCGCCAGGUGGAGUCUGCCAUGUGGAUCCGCAAGCAGGCGAGUUGA